AUGGCCAGCUACCACCAAAAUGGGCAGCCCUACUACCCGACAGGCAAUCACCCUUCGUCUGGUCAGAAUAGUGACCACGUUUCCUACGGUGCACAAUCCAUCUAUCCUCCAAGAUCUCUCGAACGCUCGCCGAGUUUCAACGCCGGGGACGACGAAAGGUACUUCGAUGGAGAAGAGCAGCCGCGGGGGGCGCAGGGACGAAACUCGUACGCUCCGUCCACAGGAGCGGCAGCGAGUCCUCCAGUGAAUCGAUCUCUGUCGGCGAACAUGCACUCUUCGGUCACGAUGCCAUUCAGGACAAAUACUCAACAUGCAGGUUUGGGCGGGUACCAGCAUCAGUACCAGACUGCGGCACCCGCUCACGCUCCCUACAAUCCCGCUCAGUAUCAUCAACAGCAGCAAUCGCAAGCAUCUUACAAUCCACAGCUCUAUGCAGCCCCCCAGCCUGCCCAUCCCACAAGCACCUAUCAGCCGUACGUUCCAGCUGCCUACGGCGACCAGAAUCUCGCUCGUCGGACAUCUGUCUACAACAGCUACGGUUCCUACGAUGCGAACUCUCAAUAUAAUUACUCCUCGUCCCAACCGCCCCCGCCCCCUCCUCGGUCUGAAGCAGUCGCAUUUCCCAACCCGCAAGCCUACGGUGCGUACCAGCACGAUAUAUCACAACAGUACCCUGGCCAACAUUACGGAGUCCCGUCAACUUAUUCCCCUCCAGCUCCUGUGCCUCCACCACACGGAAGGUCGGCAAGCAUACCUGAAGAGCCAUAUCCAUAUCCUACUGGCCCGUCGGCAACAUACCCUGCCUCAAAUCUGACGGCCUAUUCGUCUCCUGAUAUAAACCGCAAUUCCUCAUUCGCGAGCCGUAUGAGCAAUCAGUCUGCUUCGCCACAGCCUUCCAUUCCGACGCCACCGAGCAGACAACCUUCAAACCGGUCGCCUCAGCGUACGAAUACACUCGACCGUCAUCCCCAAGGUAGAUCAUUACCAGGCCUUCCAUCGGAGCCGGAGUCAGAAAGUGACUACUUCAAUUCGACAGGAUCGCGUAACAGUGGAGCACGCAUCACUUCUUCGGGCUAUGAGGAUUUGAUGCAAGAUUUAGAUGAGGCUAUAGGACAGACCUCAAGGCAUACAAGGUCAGGCAGCGACUACAGACACCGCAAUUCGAGGGACGGUCCAGCGGAUGCCGUUUUCCAACAUCCGUCGCCCAGACCCCAUCUUUCGCCAGACGAGGCGCCAACACAUCUCAACGGGAAUAUCGCCUCCACCGGAGAUGCUUAUAUCAACUAUGGCGCGUUCACCGACGACAGUGACGCCGAGGCCGCUGCGGGGCUUGCUGCUAUGCAAGCAUUAGAUGAGCAAGAAAGGGCAGAGGACGCGCGCCGGCGUAGUGGUUCAGCCACCCUCUUCCCCAGCCAGCCACGUGCGGAUGAAGCGGCUGCUAGACUUUCCUCCCAGGAACAAAGCAGCGACAGCGAUUAUGCCGGCUACGGUGAUUUGAGUCUCGCUGGGGGAGGGUAUGCGCCUGAUAUGGCUUAUGGCGACUCUGUUGUGUCCAACUAUGCGAGUGCUGCUACGGCCAUGCCGCAAAGUGAACUAUACGGGCGGCUGAACACCAGAAUGAGUUCAGUACGGAGCUCUGGCGUCUCUUCGGAGGGACGGGAGUCGCAGACAAGCGGAUUUGAGUCGAUCCCGCCUCUAGACAGCGUCCAUCCCUUCUCUUCCACGCAUAAUGUCGCUCGUGUGGACACUGGAGGCACAGGCGGUUUGACAGAACCCAGCCCGCACCCCAGACGGUUAAGCUAUGAAGACGGAGACGAAUCAACUAUGAUCGAGGCAGAAACUAAUCGGACUUCUGCAAGCUCAAGUCCAUCACGGGAAGAGAUGCCGGAUCUCUUCUUCCAUCCUGGCAUGAGCCAGCAGCGUCCCCUUCCACCUCCUCCUUCACUCUCCGACUCGGCUCUGGCACUGCGAAUACCGCAUUUGAUGCCUGCUGGUACUUAUACUCAACAAAGCCGGUUCUCUCAGUACACCGAUCCGAAUUCGCGCGCGUAUCCAACAGCCCCGGACGCCUACCCCAACACCCUACUCAGCCCAGCGAGCGUUCCCCGGUCUACUUCGUUGUCUAGUGCGCGAAGUGCUCCUAGGGCCGAACAGGUUAACCGCUCGAAAACAGAUGCAGACCGUCAGAGGCUUCUGAGGCAGCAGGGAAGACCGAUGUCUGAUCUGUAUGACAUCUCCAGCCCGCAAUCUGCUGUAGCACUGGAUCUUCCAGCAAUUCCGAGGAAGCGGUACAACCCGUCCAAACUGACAGCUGAUCAAUUUAAGAAAUGUUCAGAACCCUGGGCGCUGAGCUCGAUCUUAGCGUGGAUCAGGGAUCUGGCCGAAGAAGAAGUUGAUUUGAAAGAGAAUAGCAUUGUGGAAGGCAUUGUUGCACUCUUCAUGAACAAAGUACCAACAAUGUACAUCACAGAGGCUGAAUCACUGGGAGAACGAGUUAUCAAGGAAAUGUUCGACGCGAAUGCUCUGGUGAGAGAAGAAGAAUGGGUCAAGUUCGGGCCCGGGACCAUGUCCGGCGUUCUAUAUCAGCUGACAGGCACCGGAUGUUACUCCUCGAAGCUACAUUUAUAUCAUACCCGUGGGCGAUGCUACUCCUAUCAUUGCAUGCGGACUCUCAAGAAACUCGAUCUUGAUAGCCUACCUGUUGAGAAGAAGUCUGAAGAUUGGGCCACAUACUACAAGCUCAAGAAGGAGGACGUCGAAACCCACGACAAGAAAGAAAUCGAACGGCAGAACGUUUUGCACGAAAUUGUCACAAGUGAAGACCUUUAUAUCAGCCAGCUGGAUGUGCUCAGAGUGCUAUACCGAGAUCGACUUUCUGGGGCGCAACCGCCUAUCAUUCCCACCAAGAAAUUGCCGACAUUUCUUAGGGAAGUGUUUGGUGGCGUGGACAAGGUCAAGAAAGUCAACCAAGACUACCUUCUUGGUCAGCUCAAAUACCGACAGACGGAGCAAGGGCCCUGGAUUGUUGGCUUCAGUGACAUCUUCCGGGAAUGGAUCCGAAAAGCGAGGCCCGUGUAUGUGGAGUAUGCUUCCAACUUUCCUCGGGCAGAUUACCUCAUGCGUCGUGAAGCGGAACGAAAUAUUCCCUUCAAGAAUUUCCUGGACCAGGCGCGGGAGGAUAAGCGGUCGAACAGAUUAGGAUGGGACAAUUACUUGAAGGCCCCGAUCACCAGGCUGCAGCGGUACAGCUUGUUACUUUCCACCGUCCAAAAGAACAUGCUGAAGGACUCCGAGGAGAAGGCCAACUUGGCCUAUGCCCUGGACGAGAUUCGCGCAGCUACUUUCGAAUGUGAUUCCAAGUUUGCGGAAAUGACCAAGAAGAUGGAGUUGAUCGAAAUGCAAACCAAACUGCGGCUUCGACCACCAAUGGAGAAGGAAGUUGAACUUAACCUCGAUCACUUGGGGAGAGAAAUCAUCUUCCGGGGCGACUUGCAGCGUGCUGGCGGUAAAGGGUUCCAAUGGGUCGAAACCCAUGCGAUUCUCUUCGAUCAUUACCUCGUCCUAGCAAAGCCUCUCAGUCGGGAUCGCAGAGAGGGAUAUUACGAUGUCUCAAAAGUCCCCAUUCCGAUGGACCUGCUCGUCCUUGAAAGUUCCAAUGACCCUGCAGUUAUAAAGUCCUCGAUGAAGGGUAUCGGAGCCGUCACCACCACGGUCGCACCUCGUGGCCCGGUAACCCCUGAUAAUCGGCUUACCAGAGCGCAGUCUACUGCUAGUGGCGGGACUCCUGGUCCAUUGUCACAUACAAAUACCAAUCUCUCGGUAGGAUCUGGCAACACAAGCCAGAGCAUGGUUCCCAUCACUACGUUGGAGUCGGGCAGUUCCAAAGAGGAGAAAAUCAUGUAUCCUUUCCGCGUCAAGCAUCUCGGCAAGACUGAAACGUACACUCUCUACGCACCAAGCGCCCAAAAUCGGCAGGAUUGGUGUGAGGCAAUCAUUCAGGCGAAAACGAGGCAUGCUGAGGCGCUGUAUAAGCAAAAUGCUGAGCCGUUCAAGCUGCGAGUACUGGCAGACACAGCAUUUGGCUACGAAGGCCUCACGUAUCCCGCGAAGCGAAUUCUGAUCAAGGGGACUCCUUUGGAUAGGGCUAUCCGGGAGACCGAGAAGAAAUUUGAAGGCCAGGGCCGACCAGCACCUGUUUGCCGCGCUCCUGUCAACUGCGCCACUGUAUUCAAUCAGCCAUAUGGUCGGCUUAUGUGCGCUGUGGGAACCGACUACGGCGUGUACAUCUCCGAGUACCAGAAUUCUCGGGGAUGGAUCAGGGCUAUUCAAAUGCACAGAGUGACUCAGGUCGCAGUUCUAGAAGAGUUCAACCUGUUUCUGCUUAUCUCGGACAAGGCUCUUAUUGCCUACCAUCUCGACGUUGUUUGUCCGCCCACGGGCAAUCCGGUCGCGCAAAAUGACGCCUCCAGCCGAAAGGCACCACAGAAAUUAUCCGGCUCCAAGGACAUUGGCUUCUUUGUGACGGGGAGAAUGAAAGAGCGGACACUGGUCUUCUAUAAAAAACGAGAUGGUAUAGCGUCGACCUUCAAGGUCCUCGAACCCGUCCUUCAAAAGAGCACCACAACUCGAUCACGUUUUCUGCCAUCGGCAUCUCGACGUGGACAGACGGAAUUUUUCAGGGAAUACGACGAGUUUUAUAUCCCGGCCGAGUGCUAUGGGUUGAAUCUGUUCCAGUCAAGCUUGGCGAUAUCGACCGCAAGAGGGGUGGAGGUAUUGACCCUCGAGAAAAAGCAAACAUGGAGUGUACCGAAUCUCCGAAGCGAACAGCCCGAGACACAAGCUCAUCUCAGUUCCAUUGCAACUCGAAUCAAAGACCUCAAGCCUCUGGGGAUGUUCAGGCUCGGGGAGGCGGAAUUCUUGGUCACUUUUGAAGAAUGUGCCGUCUAUGUUAACAAACAUGGAGAUAUUUCGAGAGGCGUGGUGAUGGAAUUCGUCGGUCGGGCCAAGUCAGCGUGUCUCUACAACCAGUAUUUGAUCUUGGUCGACGACGACUUUGUGGAGAUCCGAGACGCUCAGAACGGUCGGCUGAAGCAAGUGAUCGCCGGGAAAGACAUCAAAUUGCUCGACGACGGCGGUGGUGGCUCAGGAGGAUCUCAAACCCAGACGCAGGCUAUGUUAGGAGGAGGAAUUAAUGGACUCGGCCUCAAGAACUUUGGAAAUGCACCACGGACGCCGAAGAUAGUCUUGCAACACCCAGAGUACGAAAAGAGCCACGUCGUGGUUGAGCUGUUGUUGACCACCGACCCGGCCUGA